AUGCACUUGUGCAAACUCGCUGCUCUCCUCGCUGCCGGUGUCAUUGUCACCGUCUCUGCGAUUCCCAUCCACAAUGUCGUCCCCGCUCUGUCCUUGCGAGAUCUAGAGCCUGCGGACCGAAACGAACUAAGCGCCCGAUGGCUAGACCCCGAUCUGGAUGCCCGUACGCUACGAUUUUUGCGUGAUAUUAGGAAAUGCUCAUUCAAGUUGAGGCAAAAAGUGAAAUACAACGGACCGCCAACAACAUACAAGAAACAGAAAAAACCGUCAACAACAGGCCAGGAAGAGGAAGAAGGACAGGUGGGCGUAAUCGUGAAGGUGCCUGAUCCUGGGUCAGAUAUAUACAAGGUUUCCUUCCGUCAAAUGGAGAGGGAUAAGCGGGGAAUCGGGCACGCUCAGUACCGACAAGAUUAUAUCAAGUGUACCGAUCUGCGGUCUGCGUAG